AUGCUCAAACUGAUACUUUGCGAGUGGAUGAAUCGACACCUUGACCAAGCGCAUGCAUACUUGAAUGAAUGUCAAGUUAAACUCAAUGAAAUUUACAAUCAAACCAAUCCAUUUGCCGAAGAGGGCGAGUGUUACUCGCAGGCAUUUUUUGAGCAGCAGUGGGUUCUUGAGCGCACCUACUAUCGUGAUCGAAACAAUGAAAAAGUUGAGCAGAAAUUAGAACUAGGCCGUUUGCUUACAUUAGAAGAAGACCUAAAUGCAGCUUGGGAAACUAUUCCCAAUACACCCGAGGAUACACUGGCACGAGUGAAUAGAAUCAGUGAAACUCGGGCAAAAGUAGAGCAACAGCGUCAACGCAUUGGAGCCGAUCAAAUUCUUGAAGGGGUCACCCGCGCCCAUGAGGGUUUAUUCUUGAAAGUCUGGUGGGCCAAAACAGAUUUGAGGCGCAAAUACCUGGCCCUGCUUGAGGAGAAGCGACCACUGGAUGCAGUGCGGAUGGGUACAGCUUCAAAGCUAGGCACCGAUGGGAAAGAGCGCCUGAUAGCUUCGAUUCGCAAAAAAACACAUGCACUACAAGCUGUGGUCAACACUUACAACCGUCAUCUUGACGCUUUCCAUGUCGCUUUCCCCGAUCGACCUAUCCUGGAGAGAGCAGUUUACGACUCAAUACUGCGCAUGGAACCUGAUGAUAUAUUCUGGAAGGAUGGCGUUUUCACGAACCACGAAGAACCGUGGGCCAUUGAUCCUGACACUCAAGAUGGUAUGAGACUUGUUGCCCGCCAGCAGCGAGCACGUGAGGAGGCUCGUCGAAUAGGUCGGGAGAUGCGUAGGGCAAUCCGCUGGGCUGUCACAGAGCACCAACGGAUUAUCCCUUUGAUGUUCGGACUAGCGACAGAAUCGGAAUGGGUCAAGACUCGACUUCAGCCUGUGUUGAAUCAUCCAAUGCUGCAAACGCUAUCGCUCGAGGAUCAAUUGGAUUGCAUGAAAGCCAUUCUACACAACCACUUCAUCCUCUUAUCCAGACUGCAACUUGAAUGGAACAAAAAUGUCGAGCAUAUAAUUUCCAACACAGGUCCUUACGAGAACGAUGCUGAUCUCUUGAGAGAUUGGAACGAACAGGUGCUCCGGUUGUCCUUUCUAAAACAAACCGGUAACUUAUCCAUGGUCUCCGGGGACUUUGAAAAUGCCAUCGGUAACAGCUUGGACAACAUUGAUGAAUCAGUGAUGCGUGAUUUUCUGGCUCAAGAGUUUGAUGCAACCGCCGGUCCGACAAAUACGCACAAUGAGAACGACCCCAAUGAUGAUGCUUUCAACCUUCCUGCAAACAUACCCGGCCAACCCAACACGGGUCUGAUCGGGCCAGAUGAUUUUGAGAGGGCCCUAGAGGCAGAUGAACUGGAUCAUAUUUUUGUAGCAAACCUUCAAAUCAACUAA